AUGGAACAUGAACCUGCUGCCAUAAAGUUUGAAGAAGACUCGAUUUCCAGCCAAAGGUUUAGCAGCUUGGAUGAAGUGGAAAAAUGGUACAAUACUAAAAACAAGAGCCCAUUAGACGACUUGAGGAUUCCAAGGGAAUCAUUAUCACACUAUAAUCGUUUUAGAGACAACAAUGAUGAGAUAAAAGUUCUAGUGUGUCAUGAUUUCAAAGGCAAUUAUCAAGAAGGUGAAGAUGAAAAUCCAUUAGGUUAUUUUCCUCAUUCAUCUGGUCAACAUUAUUUCAUCCAGUUUCCUUCUUUGGUUGAUUUAUUCAUCUAUUUUUCUCAUUACAAAAUUGCAGUACCACCAGUGUCUUGGAUAAAUUCAUUGCAUAGACAAGGAAUACCAGUGCUUGGUACUUUAAUUUUUGAGGGUACAGAUGUCUCUGAAUCUGAUAAAUUGUUGGAAAAGAAUGAGAAUGGAGACUUCAAAUAUUUGGAAAUUCUUUGUGAAUUGGUACGGCAUUAUGGAUUUGAUGGUUGGUUGGUUAACAUGGAGUCUCACUUCAGCUCCGUGGCAAAAGCUCAAGACCUUUUGUUAUUUGACGAAGCUUUGAGAUCAACACUUCACUUAAAAGUCCCUGGUUCAAAGCUAAUAUGGUAUGAUUCAUUGAUUACACAAAAGAAUAGAGUUUUCUAUCAAAAUGCAGUCAAUGAAUGGAAUUAUGAUCAUUUUUCCACCUCAGAUCUGUUCUUCACAAAUUAUUGGUGGAAUGAAGAAGAUUUGAAAAGAAAUAUUUUGAAUAUUGGUCUGCAAGGUGUUAAGCAGAAAUUGUUUGUUGGUGUUGAUAUUUGGGGGAGAGGCUCAAAAAUAGGUAAUGGAGGGUUUGAAAGUGGUCUAGCUAUAAAUUAUUUGAAAAGAUACUCAACAAACGUGGCAUUGUUUGCACCAGCAUGGACUUACGAGAAUUUUGAAGAGGACCAAUUUUUGAUCAAAGAUCGAAAAUUUUGGAUUGGUGAUCAAACAAGCGAUGAGACAGGAGGUAGUGUUGCAACUUAUGUUUCCCAUUACACCACGCCAGUCUAUGUGAAGGAUCAGAAUGUUAAGUUUUAUACGAAUUUUAGUGUUGGUGAAGGAACAAAGUACAGAGUUUUUGCACACACUGUUUUCAAAAACAACUGGGUGAAUGGUAACCUGCAACUUCCUACACCAAUCAUUGAUAAUGAAAAACGGAUUGAUAUUUACUAUAAGGAAUCAUUUAAUGGUGGUUCAAGUUUGAAAGUAACACAAAGAAAUUCUAUUUUGAAUGAUGGGAAAUCCAACAUUCUCCAGUUAUUCUCAUUCAAAAAUGAUAUACACUCUAAUAAUCUAAACGUUUCAGUGAGCUUCAAGUACUUGUCAGAAAUUCCGCUCAAUUCAACUUUCCAGCUAGAAAUCAAGUUUUACAUUGAACGAAGAUAUAGGAGUGUUACUAGGGUUAGAGAUGGGACUUUUAAGUUGCCAUUGGCAUUUUCUAACAAAAAUUGGAAGUAUAUUGAAACAUCAUUUGCACUUCCAAGGUUACAAAUAAGGGAACAUUUCGUAUUGGAGGGGCUUCAGAUACGAUGGGUUGAUAAUGUAGAUGAAUUAAGCUCUUCAAUUGGCACAUCUGGUGACUUUACGGAAUCUUGGAUUAUUGUUCCUCAAAAUAGUGACCCAAAUGCUGUAUAUGAAUUGCUUAUCGGGGAUUUAUUGGUUGAAGGUAUCAAAACGGCAAACGGAAAUAUAGAUGCUGUCACCAAACUUUCUAGGAAGAUCACUUUGGAUUCUAGGAGUAUACUUGCAACAUGGAAAGAUGAUACUGAAGUGCUUUACUGGAUCAUUUAUGUGAAUGCAAAGUUCUUAGGAAUUGCACACAAAUCUUUAUGGAGAGUUCAAAGAGGUGACAAAUUGAGAGUUGACGUUUUCACUAGGUCAGGAAAGCUCGUCAAAGGAGAGGAUAUAUUUAUAUAG